AUGGCGUCCCAUUCCAGAAUACUACGUGAUCCUUUCCUCGACCCCUCCUCCACCCUGAUUCUUGUCACUGGGUCCUCUGGUCACAUCGCCUCGAACAUUGUCCGAGAGGCUCUCGACCUUGGUUACCGUGUCCGCGGGACAGCACGUACUAGCGAGAAAUGCGAGAGCACAGUCGCAGAGCAUCACAACCACCCAAACUACACCACCGCUGUAGUCUCGGACUUUGCUCACCCGUCGGACGAGAUCAAUGCCGCUGUCAAAGGAGUCGACAGCAUUAUACACGUCGCCUCAGACACAACGUUCUCUGAGGACGCAGACCAUGUGAUCAACACCGUCGUCGCUGGGACGGAGAAUUUUCUACGUGCCGCAGCCAGAGAGCCCAGAGUCAAGCGUUUCACGCUGACGAGCUCGUCGACCGCGGCGUUGCUAUCUAAACCGGGCGUUGAGGGUAUUGUUGCGACGGCCGACACGUGGGAUGACGAGGCCGUGGAAGCGGUCAAGACGAAGGGGACGAUCAUUGGGCCCAAUUUUUAUGCAUUCCUGGUGUACGCGGCUAGCAAGACCCAGGGCGAGAGAGCACUAUGGAACUUUAUGAAGAAUGAGAAACCCUCGUUCGUUGCCAAUGCCAUUCUGCCCGGUUAUAACAUUGGCCGACUGGUCGGCUCUGCCGGUGCCACAGGGGACUUUGCCAUUCGGCUAUUCAAGGAGGGAACCGCGGCCGUGAUUCCUCAAUACUUUGUCGAUAUCGUCGACAACGCAAGGCUGCACCUCUGUGCCGCGGUGCUGGAUGAGUCUGUCAAGAACGAGCGCAUCUUUGCAUGUGCGGAGCCAGUCAACGUCAAGGACGCAGUUGCGGCCAUUAAUAAGGUGAGGCCUGAUGCGGACGAGUCCAAGAUGAAAAUCGACCCGAACGAACAGCGUGAUCUCAGCAAGGUACCAAAUGAAGUUGGUGCGAGACUUUUGAAACAAUGGUAUGGCCAAGAUGGAUACAAAUCCCUUCAGCAGAGUAUCAAAGAAAAUCUUGAAGGUAUCUAG